AUGGCGAUCCCUUCCCCCCAACCCAUCUCACCUAACAGCACGCACAAAGACUGGCUACUUUUAGGGGAAGCUGAAAAGCCGUACAGUAUGGAUGACAAUCCCCUACUUUUCAUCAUGCCAGAACUUGAGCACUAG